AUGGGUCCCCAGCAGCUCUCCUGGAGCCAUCCUAGGAAGUUUGCCCAGGGUUCUCCUUCUUGCCGCCUAUGCUCAAACUGGUACAGUCUGAUCAGGAAAUACAGCCUCAAUAUGGGCCACCAGUAUUUCUGUCAGUACACGAAGGAUAUAGGCUUCAUUUAG